AUGUACUUUCUGUUCUGUCAUUCUAUGUGUCUCAUUGGUGUCCUGUCCAUGUUGUCCAGUAUGUUAGAAGUAACAGAGGCGUAUGACAAUGUUGCCCUUAACAUGCCAUCAUAUCAGAGUAACCCAUAUACAUGCAAUGUUAUAUAUGACGCAGCCAAUGCAGUAGAUGGAUUAAAGUCAAACCUUAGCAUCAAUGGUGGUCAAUGCGUUGUAUCAGCAGCUAAGGAGGCAACUGCCACCUGGAGAGUAGACCUUGGCAGCGUCCACUACAUCGAUCACAUCACAUUGUAUUUUAUGACCGAUAACCAACCUUGGGACGAAUGGAACAAAUGGAUAUCUAGUUUCUUAGGAUUUUCGCUCUAUGUGUCCAACUCAACAGAUAGAUUAAAUGGAAAACUGUGUUUCAAAGACAUUAAAUUCAAUAAAAAUACUAUACCAGAGGUAUUCAACACGACGUGCCGUAUGUUUGGACAAUAUAUCAUCUACUACAAUGAGAGAUUACCCGGAGUUGACUAUCCAAGCGACUACAACAAUGAUGCUGAGAACGAUCUUUGUGAGGUAGAGGUAUAUGGGUGCCCAACGCUAAACCCGGAUUGUGAUGUAUGGGAUCCAAUAAUGUGUGCCUGUCUGGUUUGUAAACCUAGCUACAUGGACAUGGAACCACACCAUGAAACAACAGAUUGGCCAAUUGGUUCAUAUGGAUACUACUAUGAUGAAAUGUGUGGUCAUUGUAAAGAUCUGACUCAAUGUUCUCCUGUUACUGGGAUAUGUCUCACAGGAUGUAGUGCUGGAUAUUUUGGACCAUCGUGCAAAGAAGAGUGUCAUAUUGGUAGUUAUGGACACAACUGCAAUGAGACAUGUGGUCAUUGCAUGGAUCUAUCUCAAUGCUCCACUACGAGUGGAAUCUGUCAUACGGGAUGUUCUAAUGGGUACACUGGAGGUUUGUGCGAAAAAGAAUGUGACAUUGGUCUCUACGGAUAUGCAUGUUAUAAUACGUGUGGUCACUGCAUUGAUCCGGCAGAAUGUAACCAUGUCACUGGAACAUGUCGUACAGGGUGUGCAGCUGGAUAUCGCGGACGUUUGUGCAUAGAACACUGUGAUGUUGGUCAUUAUGGGUAUAAUUGCAACGAGACAUGUGGCCACUGUUAUGAACCAGCACAAUGUUCUAAUGUCUCUGGAACCUGUCGAACUGGAUGUGAAGCUGGAUAUUCAGGAAGAUUGUGCAAGAACGAAUGUGACAUUGGUCUCUAUGGAUAUGAUUGUUAUGAUACGUGUGGCCACUGCAUUGAUCCAGCAGAGUGUAACCAUGUCACUGGAACAUGUCGCACAGGAUGUGCAGCUGGAUAUCGCGGACGUUUGUGCAUAGAACAUUGUGACAUUGGUCAUUAUGGGUACAAUUGCAACGAGACGUGUGGCCACUGUAAUAAUGCAACACGGUGUUCUUCCGUCACUGGAACCUGCCGAACUGGAUGUGAAGCUGGAUAUUCAGGAAGAUUGUGCAAGAACGUUGAUAAAGAAAAAGUCAUGGCGAUUUCUCUAUACAGCCUGAUCGGUGUUGUAUGUUUCUUGGUUAUCAUCAUCGGAGCUCUAAUCUUAUAUAUUGUACUGACAAGGAUGUCAAUAGCAAGAAACAACGCAAGACAACAACAAAAUAAGGAGAUGGUUCCAGCUGUUUAUAACAACACUUUUGAUGCUUUCCACAACAAGGCGUACGAUAACGAAUAUAUGGAAAUGGGAGAGCCAUCUUAUAUCAACACGAAUGCUAGAGGCCUGGUUUAAACUGUUACAAUUUACUUUCAUCAAUUCGAUUUUUGAUUCUUUCUGGCAAAUUUUCAAAUACACAGUUGAUUUUAAUUCAUCUUAUUUUGGGUCCAGUGUAAUGAAGUAAAAGUAUAUAUGGAAAUUUCCAUAAGCUGUGGCUAGUGGGUUAACCAUUUAGUUCCAUCGGUAGAGUGUUGGAUUGGUAUACCAAAGGAAAUGGGACCAAAGAAAAUGAUGUGUAAUAAUGCACCGAACUAUGCUUAGAAAAAAACCCCGAAUAAAUAUACUUACCUUCCAAAUUAUUAUAUAAACAACUCUAAUAAUAUAGUUAUAUAAGUGUAAAUACAGAUGCUAAUUGAUUACUCUCUCUCUCUCAGUGCGUUGUAAAUAUGUGUACAUUCGUUUAUUUUUUUAAUUUUAUGUUAGUCAUAUUCUUUGAUUAUUUGCUUUAAACAUGUUUUGUUUUUGCCGUUCGAUCAGUGCACUUCUUCUGCAGCGGUUUGCAGGGUCUUCCGAGCUUUUGAUUUGUUAUUCCAUGCAAUCAUUUUAAACGGAAUGUGCGCCGUAUCAGUGCCUUGUAAAUAUGUGUACAUUCGUUUAUUUUUUUUAAUUUUAUGUUAGUCAUAUUCUUUGAUUAUUUGCUUUACACAUGUUUUGUUUUUGCCGUUCGAUCAGUGCACUUCUUCCGCAGCGGUUUGCAGGGUCUUCAGAGCUUGUGAUUUGGAUACAAUACAGAACUGAUCUAGUAUAAAAGGCAUUAUAAAGCUAAUGCUACAUGCAGUUAUUGGGAAGCAUCUGAGCAACCCAAACAUCAUGAAAACAAUACUUUGUUUUAAUUAACGUUAAUUUUUUCAUUUAAAAAAAUAUUAAAUUGUAUUUGUUUCUUUAAUCAAACAAACGGACCGCCUAGAAAUGUUCACGGCAAAGUCCUACAAGGCGUGGGUGGUAAAGGGGAGGAGGGGAGCGGGGGCAAGCAGUCC